CGGACACUCUUCGCGACAUCUAUUGCGAUCGAUCAAUCAAUCAGUCCGAGACGAAGAAUGACAAGUCGCGCACUAAGACUGACUAAUGCCCCCCACUGUCCCUGAGCGAGGAGCUGAUCCCUCUCUUACUGCCACCACGACCACUCUUCCUCGGGCUCGCAUUUCCUCCCCAACUCCCAGCCACUCCAGCAAGUAAUCGCCAGCAUGGGCGGCGGCGGCAAGCCCACCUCGGCGGAGACCGGCUACCCCCAGUUGAACUUCACGCCCAAGGGUGCCCAAAUCCGCGAUAUCUAUCAGAGCCGCAUCCGUAACUUCACCGCUACCGGCCAGUACCAGCAUGUCAACCUCCGCUCCAUGUUCGUUGCCGACAAGGAGGAUGGAAAGGAAUUCGUCAAGCUGGAGACCUGGGCUGCGUCGGGGCAGGAUAGGCCGACUUUCGAGGAGGCUGUGAAGGGUACCUUCAAGCCCACUGGCAAACACGCCAGCUUCGGCCCCUCGUGGUCCACGCACUGGUUCCGCGUAACGAUGACGGUUCCCGAGCGGAUGAAGCACCAUGAACGCGUACAAUUCAACUGGGAUAGCAACUCGGAGGGCAUGAUCUGGACCGAGGAUGGCGACGCCGUGCAGGGACUUACCGGAGGCGGCGAGAGGGUGGAGUGGAUCUUCCCACAGCAGUGGAAGGAUGAUGGAAAGACGCAUGUCUUUUACGUCGAGAUGGCCUGCAAUGGAAUGUUUGGAAAUCCGACUGGGGGUGAUACGAUCCAGCCGCCGAAUCCGAGUAGGACAUUCCAGCUCGUUCAGGCCGACAUCAUUGCCCCGAACCUCGAGGCGGUGGCCUUGCACAUCGACAUCUGGAUCAUCGGAGAUGCAUCGAGGGAAUUCCCUCACGACUCAUGGGAGGCGCAUACCGCUACCCAAGUGUGUAACGAAAUCGUCAAUACCUUCAUACAAGGCGACCAGGAGAGUAUCAAGAAGUGCCGGCAAAUUGCGGCGAAAUACCUCGGCGACAAGGUCUCUUCGGCAGAUGUCUACAAAACUGGGAAUACACCGCUGGUGUUUGGAACCGGUCACUGUCACAUCGAUACGGCAUGGCUGUGGCCGUUCGAUGAGACGAAGCGCAAGGUCGCUCGGUCGUGGGCUUCGCAGUGCAAUCUGAUGGACAUGUAUCCGGAACACCGAUUUACCUGUUCAUCGGCCCAGCAGUACAAGUGGCUCGAGAAGCUUUAUCCCAAGACUUUCGAACGAGUCCGCGAGAAGGUGCACGAGGGCAAGUUUCAGUACAUCGGCGGCAGUUGGGUUGAGCACGACACCAACAUGCCGAGCGGAGAGAGCUUAUCUCGUCAGUUUAUUCUCGGCCAGCGAUACUUCCAGAGCCGGUUCGGAGCUAGAUGUACCACUUUCUGGCUGCCCGACACCUUUGGUUAUAGCGCUCAGCUGCCUCAACUCUGUCGGCUGUCGGGAAUGACGAGGUUCUUCACUCAGAAACUAUCAUGGAAUAAUGUCAACACCUUUCCGCACAGCACUUUCAAUUGGAUCUCGCUUGAUGGGAGUCAGGUUCUGUGUCACAUGCCACCAAGUGAGACGUACACCGCCGAUGCACACUUUGGCGACGUUAGGCGCUCCAUGACCCAGCAUAAAUCCUUGGAUCAGGACAACACAUCUCUCCUCGUCUUUGGGAAAGGUGACGGCGGAGGAGGACCAACUAUGGAGCAUCUAGAGAAGCUGAGGAGGUGCCGCGGCAUUAGCGACACUGUCGGAUUACUUCCCCGCGUCCAUAUGGGAACUUCGGUCGACGAGUUUUUCGGCAACCUGGAGAAGAAGGAGGCUGCCGGUAAUAAGUUCGUCACCUGGUACGGCGAGCUGUACCUAGAGUUCCACCGCGGAACGUACACCACCCAGUGCAAGAACAAGAAGGGCAACCGCCGGUCGGAGGUCCUGAUGAAGGAUCUCGAGAUGUUGGCUGCCUAUGCCAGUGUUCAGACCGACUAUGUGUACCCAAAGCAGGAGAUUGAUGACAUGUGGGAGGACGUCUGCUUGAUGCAAUUCCACGAUUGUCUCCCGGGAAGCUGCAUCGAGAUGGUUUAUCGCGACACCGAUCGGAUGUAUGCCAACAUCUUCAAGCAGGGUGCGCGAAUCAUCGACGAGGCAUCGGAAGCACUUGGGUAUCUGUCGAAGCCGGGGGCUGACACCGUGCCCCGGAUCAUCAACACCCAUCCCUGGCCGCGUACCGAGGUCAUCAAAAUCCCCAAAGCUGCGGUUGCGAACGGUCAGUUCUACCAGCAAUCGAUCGACGGUGGCGACGAUACCUACAUUCUGGCAAAGGAUGUUCCGGGCACUGGAGCUGGUGACAUUAUCUCCGCCGCCGAUGCUACCUUCUCUUGCGCCACGGCCAGGGAGGAAACGAACGGAAUGUUCAUUCUCGAGAACGGCACGAUCAAGGCUACGAUUGUGGGUGGUUCCAUCGUCAGUUUGAUCUUCCUUCCGCAGAACCGGGAGGUUAUCCCUCAGGGCAAGAAGGCCAAUCAGCUAGUCAUUUAUGACGACAAGCCGAUUUACUGGCAGGCAUGGGAUGUCGAAGUCUACCACUUUGAGACUCGUGAAGAGCUUCCCCGCGGCGACGUUACGAUUCUCGAGGCCGGACCACUUCGUGCGGCGCUGUCGGUCAAGACGAAGAUCUCUGCGAAGAGUUGGAUUAAGACAACCAUCUCUCUGGACGCCGCUGUCCAAGGCGCCGGUAACAUGCUCAUGUUCGAUUCUGAGAUCGAGUGGCAGGAGACGAUGAAGUUCUUGAAAGUGGAGUUCCCCGUCGACGUCGUCAACACGGAAGCCACCUACGAGACCCAAUACGGGGUGCUGAAGCGACCCACCCACUACAACACCACCUGGGACAUGGCUCGUUUCGAGGUCUGCUGUCAGAAGUGGGCCGACCUGUCGGAGCACGGCUUCGGGGUGUCGAUCCUCAACGACUGCAAGUACGGCUUCGCCACCGCCGGAAACGUGAUGCGGCUCUCCCUCAUCCGCGCUCCGAAGGCCCCCGACGCCCAUGCCGACAUGGGACGCCACACCUUCCGCUACGCCAUGUACCCGCACAACGACAUCGUCGGCGAAGCCACCGUUCGCACCGCCGCGGACUUCAACAACCCCCUGAAACUCAACCACGUCCUCCGCAGCAACGCCGACCGCGCCCACGACCUGCUCAACGCCGUCGCCGUCACCAAGCACUCGAGCGUCAUCCUGGACACCGUCAAGCGCGGGGAAGACGACGAGGUCAUCUCACUCGGCGGCUUGCCGACGCGCAGCGGCAACAGCGUCAUCCUGAGACUGUAUGAGAGUCUCGGCGGGAGAGCGAGCACGUCGAUUAAGACCAAGCUGCCCGUAAAGAAGGUCUUUAAGACUAAUCUCCUCGAGGAUGACCUGGAGGAACUGGAGUUCCAGGAGGUUGAGGUUAAUGGUGAGACUACUAAGGAGGUCGAGCUCGUUCUCAGGGCGUUUGAGGUCGUGACUGUUAGGUUGCAGUUGUAGGUGGAUGGGAUGCAGCGGGAAAGGGGGUGUCUUUGUCUUUAUACUUGCUUGGUUUUGCGUUUUUGUUUUAUUGAUGGAUUUGAUGAGAUCGAUGAUUAUGAGAGGGGAUGAUCAUGAGGGGACGAUUAUGGGAAGGGAUGGUUGGGAUGUACUUAUGAAGGGGGUUUAUGCGGUUUUUGUACUCGUGUGGUUAUAUCGAAUGAAGACUGCCACUCUGGUUGUCACGAUGGCUCUUGAAGGAUCACAAUGGGUUGUAUUAAUCUUCUUUCCAGUAUGUAGUUCUGUCACACCUAGUGACACUGAUUGGCGCAGGGCCACUCUGCUUUUCGCACACCUCAUAUAUUCCGUAUCACUCGGAA